AUGCUGCCGGCCAUUAUUUUCCCUGGACUAACCCUUAACGCCAUCUCGUGUUUUGUGUUUACAUCACGAGAACUCAAGAACUUCUCAUCCAGCAUUUACAUCUUCGCCUUACUGGUCUCUGAUACCGGCGUUCUGAUUGGAUUUGUGUUCUUCACAUAUGUCUUCAGCUUUCUCUCCGUGUGGUACGUCGUGUGUAUUACAGUGGAAAAUUUUAUAACAGUGUGUCAUCCAUCACAAUUCAUGAUCAUGUGCACGAAAAGACGAGCUGUUCUUGUUGUCACUUGUAUUCUAAUGAUAUCGUUAGCACUCUACAUUGUCACAGCAGUAGCAGCGGAAGUGACGCCAUCUUUCUUGACCGGUGACGUGGGAAAAUGCGGAUUACGAAACGAAUUAUUACCCGUGAUGCACGUCAUGACCUACAUAGAUUCAGUAUUGACCUUACUGGUACCGCUCAUCGCCAUAUCCGUCAUGCUUAUCACCAUCAUUCUCUCCAUCAUCCACAAAUCCAAAUGGAAGAAACGCCUGAGCAGUCUCCCCAUGCUGGACGCGUGCGAGCUGCGGCCGAUCAAUGACUCCAGACAGGGGUUUGUGCGAACCAGUGCCCAGAUACGGGUGGCCAAAAUGCUUCUGGCUCUGUCCGUGUCCUACGUGGUAAUGAACGCUCCAAGUCACGUGACACGACUGUACUAUCUCAUUAGGCCUCGAACGCCGGGAGCUAGUGAAGUGACUCACUCUGAGGGUUUGAUACAGUUAGUUUUACAGUACGUUAGCUAUGCCCACCACGCUUCGAAAUUCUGGAUCUUCGUCAUUAUUAGUAGAAACUUCCGAAAGACCUUGAAACAAUCUGUGGGUGACUUUUCUAAAUGUCGAUGUUCGUAA